AGUACAUAAUUAAUACGCACGCGUAGAUAUCAAAGGAGCUGCCUACAGCGGUCAACACAACAGCACAACCCUCAGGACCCAGCCGUCGCGACCACUCGACACGCCCUGCUCUUGAUCACUUUGCCUGGCAUUUGACUACCUAAAGAUUUAAAAUAUGGCGACAGCAGCCGCCAGCGCAGGAGGAAAUGCGACGUUCCGUGACAAGGAGAAGCCGUUGGCCGUACGGUCUGCAAACAUCGUCGCUGCUAGAGCCGUUGCCGAUGCCAUCAGGACAUCGCUAGGCCCCAGGGGUAUGGACAAGAUGAUUAGGAGUGGCAGAGGCGAGACCAUAAUUACCAACGACGGUAGCACCAUGCUCAAGAGCAUGUCGGUGUUGCACCCUACCGCCAAGAUGCUGGUUCAACUCUCCAACGCCCAGGACGUUGAGGCUGGUGAUGGUACAACCUCAGUUGUAGUCAUCUGCGGCAGCCUUCUAGGCGCCGCUGACAGGUUAUUGUCCAAGGGCAUCCAUCCCUCGGUGAUCUCAGAGGCCUUCCAGAGGGCAGCAGCCGCCGCGGUCGAGGUUCUACACCAUAUGUCGCACCCCAUCUCGCUCACAGAUACCGCCGCCCUCCUGCAGGCUGCCAACACGUCCCUCUCGUCCAAGAUUGUCUCCCAAUACUCGAACCUCCUGGGCCCAAUGGCUGUCAACGCCGUAACCAAGACUAUAGACAUGAAGACGGCCACCAACGUUGACCUCAAGAACAUUCGUAUCAUCAAGAAGGUCGGCGGCACAAUAGAGGACAGCGAGCUGGUUGACGGGCUUGUUCUUACACAGUCCGUGAUUAAGAGCGCCGGCGGGCCCGCGAGGAUGGAAAAGGCCCGGAUUGGCCUAAUUCAGUUCCAGCUGAGCCCCCCCAAGCCCGACAUGGAGAACUCCAUCUCGGUAAACGACUACCGCCAGAUGGACAGAAUCGUCAAGGAGGAGCGCAUGUACCUGUUGAACAUGGUCAAGAAGAUCAAAAAGGCCAAGUGCAAUGUUAUCUUGAUCCAAAAGUCGAUCCUCCGCGACGCUGUCAACGACCUGUCGCUGCACUUUUUGCAGCGCCUGGGAAUCUUGGCCGUCAAGGACAUUGAGCGCGACGAGGUCGAGUUCAUCUGCAAGUCAACCGGGUGUAAGCCCAUCGCCGACAUCGACAGCUUUACCGAGGAUAAGCUGGGAUCGGCGGACCUAGUGGAGGAGGUGCACAGCUCCGGCAGUCGCAUGGUCAAGGUCCUGGGCACCAAGUCGGCCGGCAAGACUGUGUCGGUGGUGGUGCGCGGCGCCAACAAUCUGAUUCUUGACGAGGCCGAGCGGUCGCUACACGAUGCCCUGUGUGUGGUGCGGUGCCUAGUGAAGAAGAAGGCCCUCAUUGCCGGCGGUGGCGCUGCCGAGAUUGAGAUUGCCGCCCAGAUCAGCAAGCAGUCGCGCGCCCUCAGCGGCACCGAGGCCAUUUGCUGGAAGGCCUUUGCUGAUGCCAUGGAGGUGAUCCCGACCACGCUGGCCGAGAACGCCGGGCUUAACAGCAUCAAGGUCGUGACGGACCUGCGUUAUCGCCACGAGCUCGGUGAGAAGAAUGCCGGCGUCAGCAUCAAGAGCGGCGGUGUCAACUCGAAUAUUGUCAAGGAGAAUGUGCUACAGCCGCUGCUUGUCAGCACCAGCGCUAUUGAGCUGGCAGCCGAGACUGUCAAGAUGAUUCUGCGUAUUGAUGAUAUUGCCUUGAGCAGGUAAAGAAUGUCAUAAAUUAAGGAGAAGGGAGUUACAACAUAGGGUGCCAUAAUUGGGGCAGAUAGCGCGCUAGCAGGUCUACUUUCCCAUAAAUAGGUAGAUAGCGAGGGUUGCAUGAUUAACGUAACCCAAGCCAUAUCCCAAUCAUUGGGAUUCUAGCAAAAUCACAAUAUGUGUAACGUGAUUAUAUAGCGAGCGCGCAUGUAUAGCGAGCGCGCACUUUUCCUACCCCAAUUGAACUAUUAUACGAAAUACCAACACCACAAAGGAAAAAAAUUAAUAGAAACU